AUGGGUAGGCUUGAUGAUGGCGAGGAGACUUUCUCACUUCCCACCCCUCCUGCGGGGCUGAAAGAAAUGCCAGUUGCAGUCCCUCACAAAUUUCACCUGGAUGGUGUUCAACCACCCCUCGCUAUUUGUUCCAUGCUAUUGUGCACAGCAGCCAUAAAGACAGAGUACUACGAAUUCUUCCAUCAGUGCUCACAACCUCCCACACACACUACUCACUAUUGCGUCGAGGAGGCGAAUACUUGGUGGAUUAUCAAUGAGACACAAGUUCCCUCGUCAUCUCGCAUCCAUCAACACGUCUUGACAGUUGAGUGCAAUCGUGGGAUGCAAUUGGGCGUACACCGAGAAGAGGCAUCACCUGUGUCAAGUGCAACCGCACUACCAGCAGCCCCUUCAUCAUCACUACUGCUACUCUGCCCCCAACUAUACAGAUUAACGCCUUCAAUGUGCAACAAGAAGAUGCUUGAUGUGAGGGUUCGCCUCCUUGUUUACCUUCUCCCUACUUCUAUCACUACUCCCUAUCACUCUGGCACAAGCCAGAUUUCAAAACAAGUUGCCCUUGUCCCGCAGUACUGCCUUCUGCUGCAGCUCCUAAAUGCCGAUGCAACCACAUUGCCAAACGGCAAAGUUAGUUUAGCAUACUACAAAAACUGCCCACAAAAUGAAGUCACAAGUGGUUCAAUUCUCACCGCCUAUUCACCGGUCCGCAGAGCACUUCCAACGAAAUGCCCCAAUGUGCCGCAAUAUUUACUCGCGCCAUACGUUCGUGCCAAAGACAUGCGUGUGAAGGAAGUGAAUUCAACACGAUGA